AUGAUUGGCGGUUGGUUAGCCUUGUUGUCCAUUGUUGGCCUGUGGCAAGUUGCCGUAUGCGAAUUUUCGCCAUCCGUACCCGAGCCUGGUACAGUAUGGCAAGCGGGCAAGGAAUACGAUAUUAUAUGGGAGGAGGAUGGCACCAAGCCCUUGAUGGAAAAGAACUGGAGAAACUUUAAGAUCGACUUGAUGACGGGUGAUGAUAUGGAUCAGAAGUUCUUAUCCAAUGUCGCUUCGAAUCUGUCAACCGCCAACGGUGCCACCAGCUUCAAGUGGAAGGCGCCCGACGUCAGCCCUCACUCGCCUGUCUACUUUUUGAUGUUCACAAAUGAACAUGGUGAAAAUGCCUGGACAACUCGUUUCGCAAUUGUAGGUGAGGAUGGCAAGCAAGAGACACCUGAACAUGCUGAACAACCCAGUGGUGAAAAAAUUCCAUGGGGGGUGGGUAAGCUCGCCAAAAUUGAAGCUGCCAAUGUGAACUCGCAAUCCGCUAGCCAGGCUCAAUCCUCUUCCCAAGGUGCCUCCGCAACCGCUCCCCCAGGUCUCAAGAUCCAAACCGCUUCCCAAAAGUCGAGUGCAUCAUCCACUAGUGCCUCUUCCUCCAAUACCUCUGCUGCCAAUGCUUCAAUGACAAGCAUGUCAUGGCAAUCCAUUCUCAUGAUCACAUUUGGGUCGUGGGUUGCAAUGUCCAUGAUGUUAUAUUGA